UGCAACACGUGGCGGUAAAAUAUUUACAAUUCAACUGUUGAGCCAAGCAACAGAUAAUUGCAUGUCUUCCGGCAACAAAAUAGCGUUUUUGCCACUUCUAAUAUCGUGUAUCGAUUGAACAAGGUCUCUGCCUAAGUGGUGGUUCGUUGAACUUGCACCCCGCAAACCACAAGCAAAUUAUGCAAGAAAUCAGCCAAGCCUGAAAGUGCCACAGACUUAUAAACUGUCAAUGCCUGUUGCAGCGGCAACUACUAGUUGAGCGGCAAUCAUGUGGCAGUUGGCAUUGGCAUUGGGACUUCUCCAGCAGCUGAAUGCACCACCGGCAUCUCCUACGGCCACGGCCAUUGUGGUAGAGCGGAACAUGUUUGCCUACUACAAGGUGCCGGCAGCUCAACUGCUUCUGGACACCGAGGAAACCAGUAGCAGCAGCAGCGGCAGCAGCAGUGAUUCCAAAAAGUUUAAGAGCGACCUGUACUUUGUGCUGCAGUGUCCACCCAAAUUGGAUACGGGCAUACCCAAGCCCAAGGACAUGCAGACCUGCAGUGUGGUGGAUCAGUACAAAGGGAUGUGGAAGAAGCCGUCGCCGCCACAGCCGAAGAAACACCUCCAUAUGGUGCCAUUUCGGAUUGUGAUGCGCCCGCUGCGACCCCCUGCAAUGCGAAGGACAUAUCGUCGCCGCAAACGUCACCAGAAUAGCGAUCAGGAGGAUGAUGAAGAGGAAUCCACACCCUUGCAGCAUCUGGGACAGCCACAUAUCCGACAGAAGCUACUGAAACUAAAGGCAGACCAUCGAAAGUUCAAACGAGGCAGUAGCUCCCAGGGAUAUCAGCACAUGUAUCAUCGUGAUGAGUCGUACAACGAUCACAUAUUCUAUGACGAUCUCCAAGCCGAUGGACAGUAUCAUAAAUACGGAAAACAAAUACAAUCUGAAUAAAUCGUGAUAUAUUCAAG